AUGCUUACCAGUCUAUCAGAAACGCUCCUCAAGGAAAAAACCUCUGGUCAAGCACGGAAAGAGGCUCAACUCCUCUGCGACCAGGCCAUCCAACUCGAUCGACCACUCUCGUCAUCAUCCACCCCACGCCCGCCCGUCUCUUUCCACAGCAAAGCACGAAUCUCACGCCUCUUAUACGAGAUAGGAAAAUACCCAGAGUCCGAAGCAGUGGCCCUCGGCGUGGUCACAGAGGGCGAGAAAGUCCUACCAGCAAGCCACACGGCCCUUCUCGGUAACAGGCGGCAGAUUGCACGACUGAUGGCGUGCACCGAGAGAAAAGACGAAGCACUAGUAUCGAUGCGCUCAGCUUUCUAUUCGGACGUCGAGCGCAGGGGUAAGAAUGACAAGGGCACGCUGGAGACGGCGGGGCAAUACGGGGCGUCGUUGAGAGAUAUGGGGAGAUUGUGGGAGGCAGAGUUGGUGCUGAGGGCGGCGUUGAUGAAGAAGGAGAGGGAAUUUGGUUGCGGGAGUCCGUGGAGUGUGGAGACUAGGAACGAUUAUGUUUUACUUUUGCUUAUGGCGCUGAGGAAGAGGGGGAAGGUGUGA